GUAAAACUGAACAAGGAGUGUAAUUUAUUGCUGAUUGUGUAAAGUAAUUAAUGAAAUAAAACUAAAAGCAAAAUAAUAAGCAAAAAUGUAUGCAAUACCUAGCACAUAUAAUGCAAUACUACCAAGCAAAGUAUUGCAAAGUACGAAUAACAAUUAUCACGCACAUUCUUCUAGACUAAAUGAAAUGCAAAAUAUUGAAAGUUUCCAGAAACCACCACUUUCACAAAUGCCACCAGUAAGAAGUGCAUCAUCAAUUAAUUACCCAGGAGUACCACUGAAUGUAAUUACUAAAGUUAAAGAUCUUGAAAAACCCUUGAACAAUCCAUUAAAAACAUUAACAACUCCAAAAGAUGUUGGAUCUAAUCAUUCAAAUUCUUUAAAACCGUUUUCCUUUGAACCAGUUAAUAUGUACACAUAUUCCAGUAAAAAUUAUGACAUGCAAUUGCGUGAUCCACAUGUACGCUUCUCUCACAUCACCGAACCAUUAGUGCGUAAUCGUGUCCAUCCACUAAAAGAAACAGCACAAUAUAAGUUCGGUAAUAUGUUGAGACGUGAACCACCAGAUUUACGAAACCUAUUCCCACACGAUCCGGAUGUACAUGCUCCUUUUGUUCGAAAACCAAAGCGUGAAAAUAGUGAUAUCAUGCGAAAGAUCGCCAUUAGAAAUGAUACAAGACGUAAUGCCGAUAUAUAUUUAGAAUACAAUAAACAGUGCGAAGAUCAAUGGAAUCAAAGAUUCCUUGAUGUUAACAUGCCAGUUAACAAUCCAACUGGGGAAAAACUACAAUACUUUAAGGAAAGAAAUAUUUUUGAUACACAAAACAAUUCCAUAAACUGUUUUGAAAAUAUUAAUAAUGACUUUAUGCAGCCUAUUCCCCAAUAUCAAUCAAAAUAUAGCUUCUUAAAUGAGGUCAAUUAUAUUGAAUCGGAAAAUGUUGAUUAUUUAGGUCAUAAUUUAAAUAAUUUAACUAAUACAUUGAAUGCAACAAGUACAGCAAAUAGUUUUAGUGAUGGUUUUGUCAUGCCUGAUAAUUGUGGUACUCUUAAGAGAAAUUCUCAGGAGAAUAUAGCGACCAGUCCGCCUAAAAAAAGUUGUGCGAGCGCCACAAUUACUAGUACAGGUUUUGACGGUAUAAGGGAGGGUUUAUUUUCCCUAAAUGAAGGUUAUGGGUGCUUAGAUGUACAACAAAAUAUGCAUAAUCCAAUGAGUUGCAAUUACAUUAAUAACUCAACUAAAGUCAGCAAUGUGGAAUCUUAUAUGCAAGCGAAUAACUCCUCGAAUUCUAACAGCAGCAGUGAAGUGGAAGAGAUAAUAUUUGAUAAUGAAAAAUCAGAUAUUACACUUAUACCAAAAACGUAUGGUAGAUUAAAUAUAAAUUCCAAAGCAACUAAUAAAUACAAGAAUGUUGAAAGUAUGAAUGAGAAUAUACUACCUCAAGCAUUUGAUCAUUCGCCGAAUACACAUAUUGCAAGUUCCAAACAAAUUUCUGAAAAUAAUAUUAAUAAAGUAUGUGUAAAAAAUAUUGAUUCUCUUAAUAACAGUAAUGAUAGUAAUAGUGAAAAUCAUUACACACUACCAAGCGUAAGAGAUUUUAAUAACUUUAGAAGUAAUUUUGCUAACACUAUCAAUAGCGCCAAUGCUAUUAAAAAUUCUGAGAAUAUAUUAAUUGCUAGAGAUGCAAAUAAUUUUAAAAAUCCUACUGAGAUGAUUAUUAACAGUGGCAAUAAGAUUCAAAAUUUGGAAAAUAUAUCCAACGCCAAUAUAUUGAACGUAAGAAAUAUUAAUACUCACAGAACUAAUACCGAAACUAUCGAUAAUAGCGCUAGUAAAAUUCAAAAUCUUCAAGUUAUAUCAGAUCUUGGCAAUAAGUCAUACGUAAAAAAUAGCACGUUUAAAAACAACGAAAAUACAAUUCCAAACUCUACCGAUAUUAGUCCGAUAAAGUUUUUAAAAAAUAUUGACAGCAAUGACAACUUUAACUCGGAAUCAAGCAAUGGUUUUCGUCAUCAAUAUAAUAUUAACAGAGCUGAUAACUUUAGUUUUGAAUUCAACAAUGGUUUCCAGUUGCAAAAUAAUGUAAACAGUGCUGAUAACAUCAAUUUUGGGUCCAACAAUUUUUUCCAGUUGCAAAAUAAUAUUAACAGACCUGAUAACAAUAGUUUUGGGUCCAACAAUGGUCUUCAGUUGCAAAAUAAAAUUAACAGAGUAAAUAGCAAUUAUUUUGGAUCAAACCAUGGGGCACAGUUGCAAAAUAAAAUUAACAGAGUUAAUAACAAUAAUUUUGGAUUUAACAAUGGGGUCCAGUUGCAAAAUAAUAUAAAGAGAGCUGAUAAUAUUAUUUCUGCAUCCACUAAUGGUGAUUUGUACAAAACAGUACGUGAUGCCAAUAUGAAUUCCUUACGUACGAAUGAUUCAGAAAAUGAAGACUCUUUCAUUUUAAAUGGAUUAAAGAAAAUACCUGAUUAUAGUAAAAAAUUUAAUUUUUCUGAUCUUUCCGGCUCAAAAUCAGCUCUAAAUAACAGUUAUUUCAAUAACAGCGAUACAAGCCUUGCUGUUGCUAACAGUGCAACCAGUGUGAGUUCUGGUAAUAUUUAUGAUGGCAUUGAUGAUGGGUUUAAUAAAAAUGUUAAGCUAUUUGAACUUAUGCUUCAAGAAGGAUAAUUAAUAUAAUAUAUACAUAUUACAAAUUAACAGAGAUUGAGUAAUGUCAAUAAUGACGACUGAAAA